UAUGCAUCUUGACGGCAUCUUGACGGCUGCCUGUACGGCGACCAAUCAUGGAGCCUCUGUUCAACAUUCUGGAGGAGGGGAAGAUGUUACCAAUAUGCAGGUGACCGGUCAUUAAAUAUGACUGAUAUCAGACGUGAAAAACGACAUGGCGACUUCUUCAUUGUCAAUGACUGAUGAUAAAACAGACUGGCAGCUGGAGGGAUAACCGGGGGUGAAUUCUCAUGGCUCGACAACUUUGACUUUAAGAGGAUCUUGAGCUCGAAUAUGGCAAAUACUAGGUCCCGUGACCGUGCUAUAAUAUGCGCCGAGUGGAUUGCGGCUCUGCAUUUUCUUCAUCACGUUCCUGUUAACCCGUCUUCUAAUCCAGUGACGACGAUUCAGACUCGAUCGGCCGGCUACACAUUGCCUUUUGAAAAAGAGCGCGAUCUUGCUAGUACGCUCGCUUUCCUUGCUUUCCGAAAUGAUGACAACAAUCAUAUUCCAGCUGUCUGUGUUGAGGAAGGUCCCAAUGCGGCACAUAUAAACGUCUUGCUCGCCGUAAAUAAGCUAGAAUAUAGUAGUGGACGACAAGUACUCGAAGGGUUGAAGAAGUCAUUCGAUGGGAUUUUCUCUCUCCUAGAUCAAGACUAUGUUAGGUCAGCCUGUAUAGAGAUUGGUGUAUUCAAAGCCAUCGUCUCUAUGUGUCGAGCGCGUAUCCUUCAUCGUUUACGUCUUCAGGGCCGCCUCAUGCAGAAAAUGUCCAUCAAAGGAGCUCUUCUAAUAGCCUUUGACUAUCUCAGACAUGUAGAGUCAUGGAAGAUAAGAAACAGCGAGCUUCUACCUGUAUUGAGCCUAUUCAUCGAGAGGGCAAGGGAAGUACUAAGGCUGGCUGACUCUUGGAUUAAGCAUCAAAGGGAUGCCGAAUUAGAAGAUUUGGUCGAAGGUAUUCAUCGCCUCCAGAAAGCAGACCACCUAGAGGCACUAAUUAAAGAAAUACCCAACAAUGUCAUGUCACCCAGCCUGAGAGGUUCCCUGGUCAACAUGAUCAACAAAGUUGCUAGAUAUCGCGAAGCAGCAAGAUUCUUAUAUCGCGUAGGCAAGAAGAUUCCCCUCACCCGCAAAAUGCGCGCUGUCAUUGUCUCAGGGUCCGAGACAGAAUUUACAAGGUCGACAAGCAGUCAAUACUUGCCUAGUCUCGACACCACCUUCUCGCUCGUCAAAGGGCUCAAGAAUCAUAAUAAAGACCUGGAGAAUAUAUGCCACUUGCUAAACAGCGGGGAGAUGAACGAGAGCCGCAGACUGACGCCGGAGGAUGCCAGCAACCAGUUCGCGGCUCAGGCGCGUAAAACACUACGCGAGGCUAAGAUCCAUGCCGAGAUCCAGCUGCUUUGCUACUGCGAGUUGAACAUACCCCACAACCGACUGCCGCGCGUCGUGUGCUCAAGUAAAGACGCCUGCUGGCUCUGCAACGAGUUCAUAUUGUUAUACGAAAAGAUGCAUACGCCGAACUCGCACGGCAAGAUUUAUCCCGGGUGGCGCUUGCCGAUGCUGAAGAACGCCGAUUUAGCUGAGAGAUACAACAUGCGGUUGCAGGGCACUUUAAGAAACAGCUUGAAGACGCUGUUCACGAGGAAGAAGAGGACGGUUUACCCGGACCCGAAAGAGAGCACGCUUCUCGCCUUGUAUUUGUCGGAUUCGACGCUGUCGUGUGUGGAUCUGCCCCUGGAAGAUGAGAAGGGCAAGGCUGUGCAGAAGAUUGUGAAAGAGGUGGUGCUUCGGGCUGAGGAGCUGUCUGCACGUGAAGGAGUACUCACGAACGGCGAGGAAGCUAUCGCAGAAGUGGAAGAGGAGGUGAAGGAACUAGAAGAGGUAGAAGUGGUAAAGGAGGUGACAGACAUAGAAAGGGUAGAGAAAGUAGAAGACGUGGAAGGGAAAGAAAAGACGUCAGAUAGCGUGGAAGAACUAGAUCAAAUGGGAGAUAUUUAUGAAGCAAUGGAUAUAUGGAUAUCAAAACUAGAAAAAGAAGCAGAGGGGUUACAGGAGUCGAAAAGUGUAAAAGAGACGAAAGAGGUAGGAGAGGAAGUAGGUGAGGAGGUAAAAGAGGAGAUGGGAGGGGUACAGAACUCUGGGGAAGCGGAAGACACGGUACCGAGAACACCUGUUGAUCACGGGGAAUGUUCCCACGAUAUUCACAACCUCUCAGAACGUUGGAGUAGCGGAUGUAGUUCGAGCUCCUCCGAGGGAAGCCUGACGCUCGAAUCUGGCAAGGCGAGAUCUAAGAAGAUCUGGAUGGGAAAGUCUACUCCGCUAUAUAACGCAGGGCCUCUAUUGAACAUACAGAUCAAGUAUGCGAAGGGGGUGAAUGCGGGAACAUCAAACAACCUCCACAAGAAGUUAUCGUAUUCUCUUGAACGGCUGAGACCCGAAGACGUAGAAGAGUUGCGGAAUAGAGGGAUAAUUCCGAUUUUUGGCGCAGAGCUGCCGGGCCGCUGGGUGGAUAGUAACACCGACGAAGAAGGCUGCAUCUACAUUUCUAACGGCGAUGCUGUGAUGAGGCUCUUCUUGCGGCCAAUAUUGGGAUAGUUCCAUUGCAACUGGAACUUGGAUUGGACGGCGGAUACGUGUGGAUCCGUACGAUACCCAAGUUGGCCUUCUAGGGGUUUUAUACAACGUUCUGGCUAAAAAUCGAGGAUAUAUAGAGUAUAGGAAUACGCAGAUAUUGGUUAAUUGAUUCAAGAAAUACGAACGACGCAUGCUUUUAUCGAAAGAAAUGGAUUC